UUUACGUGUACAACAGAACUACUUACUUAAAUGUUAAAAAUAAUAUAAAAUUCAUUUAUUAUUAAAGCAAGUAUCCCUUGUAGAAUUGUAACAAUUACAUUAAUCUACAAUGGAGAAAGCAGCUCAUGAAUACUUUAAACAAUUAAAUCCAAUAGCCUCAAGAAUUUAUUCAGAUCUACAAGACACCAAGGAGGCUUACGAAGAUUUAUGGUGUAAACUUACUGAAGACGAGAAAAAACAGAUUCUUAACGAAAGUAUUAUAAAACCAGAGAUUUUACUAAAAUAUCGUUCAAAGAAUGACCCUAUUAAACAAGAUUACGAACAGGAUAUGGGUUUAGAUGAUCACUGUUCGUUUCGAGACGAACACUCUGCUCCCUUUAGCUUUAGAACAAAAAGUCAGAAGAAUUUAACCAUUUUUAAGGAUGAUAACAAUACAGUGGUAAAGAAGAACGAAGUACUACCUAAAAAGAAAGCCAAAGCUCCCCCAAAGCCAAAAACAGUUACAAACUACGCUCAAGAUCUAAACUUAGAAGAAAUAUCGUGUUUAACAACAGAAGAGUCGCAGGAUUCAAAGCUACCAAAGACAGGCUUAGAUUUCCUUGAUAAUUGGUAGUUUCAAGUACUUACAAUUUAUAGUACUACUUAAUAGUUAUAGUUAUGUGGUUUUGUCAUUUUUAAAUGUAUCAAAUUGAGCCAGUAUAGGUAUAUCUGAAUUGAAUAAUUUUAUACAAGACUGUCUAUAAACCUAAGAUAAAUUAUAUUUAUUUUAUUAAUAUAUUUUUGCAGAUUUUAUUUUAUACAAAGUUGCUAGUUUGUAUUCAAAAUAUACUUGUAUUACCUAAUAAAACUAAUACCUUAAAAAAUAUGUUUAUUUAUUAUACAAAUAAAUUUCACACAAACGUUUUCCUUUUUAAUUAUACAGGGUAUUUCUGAAUAAGUAUCUGUGAUUUUCAAGUAUUUUUAAGAUAAAACGUUUAUAUUUAUGAUGAAUUUUCAAAGAAAUUUGUGGGUACCUUUUUUUUCUUCAAAAACAUUAAGUCGAUACCGCGUGCGCACGCCACUGGUGAAAAUUUUCGAAAAUAUUCUUCAUAGAAAAAUACCCCUUAAUGGUAAACAGACGUGUACCAAAUUUCAUAAAAAUAUCUGGAGUGGUUGCUAAGAUAUAACAUAAAAACGAUUUUUUUUCCGCAAAACUUUAACACCCUGUAUCUCGAGAACGAAGCAUUUUAGAACACGUGAUUAUAUGAGCUUUUUAUCUUAAAAA